CUAUAAAUACCUCAGCCCAGAUAGUUGAUCAGUAUCAGUUCUUACUCCAAAGUCUCUGGACAGCUUCCUCCUCCAAAAUGAAAGCCUUGCUGGUUGUCGGAUUUUGUGUCUGCCUGAUGGCGGCCACAACCGCUUCUCCUGCGCCCCAGUUGUCCACUGCCUUGUCGACCCUUUCAACUGUAACCUCAUCACUGCAAUCGACCAUCACCAGCUUGCUGACGCAGAUUCAGACCGCACUGGCCAGCAACGCACUGACCAGCGCUGCUGCAUCUGCUCUGACCCAGCUCCAGACGACGGUUUUGGGUCUUCAAACCACCCUGAACAGCAUCGUCAGCAACGGGCUGACCGCUCUUCCCACGACUCUUACCAGCGGACUGAACACUGUUGCCAGUGGAGUGCAGACUGCACUGAACACCGUCAACAGCCAGCUCAGCCAGGUCAUCGCCGCUGGAAACAGUGCACCGACAACUCUGAUCAACCAGCUAAACUCGGCUACGACGGCUUUGAACACCGUUGGAGCAUCGCUGACGACCCAGGUGAACGCGCUCCUCACCCAGUUGAGCUCGGUUCUGAGUGGUCUGUUGGGAUCUCUGACUGGAACGCUGACCGGACUUCCGACGACCCUGCUUGGUGUGUUGGGAUAAUUCAUUUCAUAUUUCAUGCCUUUUAUUUAUUUUGAAUCAUGUAAUUGAAUAAAGAAAAUUUAAACUGAG